AUGUAUUUUGAAACAGUUGAAGUCUCUCAGAAUUGCAGUGUUGUUAUGACUAAUCAUGUGAUCCCAAAGAAAGAAGAUUCAGCGGUAUUUACUAUCCCUUGUGCCAUUGGUAUGCUUCAGUUUGCUAAAGCAUUAUGCGACUUGGGGGCAAGUAUAAACUUGAUGCCAUAUGCCAUCGUUAUGCAACUUUGGCUGGGUGAACCAAAAUCAACAACAAUGAGGCUUCUUAUGGAUGAUCGGUCUAUCAAACACCCCAUUGGAAUACUUUAUGAUAUUUUGGUGAAGGGGGAUAGAUUUAUCUUUCUGGCUAACUUUGUCAUUUUGGAUUGUGAGAUUGACGCAGAGGUGCCUAUAAUUUUAGGUAGACCAUUUUUGGCAAACGGAAGAGCUCUAAUGGAUGUUGAAAGUGGUGAGUUGAAGUUCUGGGUAAAUGAAGAGGAGGUCACCUUCAAUGUGUGCAAAUCAAUGAAGCAACCUAGUGACAUUCGUGUAGUUUCAACCAUUGAUGUAAUUGAUGAAGCAGUGGCUAGUGUGAGUGAAAUGAUGUGUAUGGGUGAACCUCUUGCUGCUGUCCUUCGAAUUAUGAUAAGAUCAAAUUUCAAGUGUAUGAUGAAGGAGUGGAUGCUCUAUUGGGACUAG